GUUGCAAGUCACCACCCUGCAACGCGAUUAUUUUGUGCCUGAAGUUGACAAGUCGGAACAAAAACCCGGAGAAUAUACCAACACACGACCCGUUCCCGUUCCCGCCCCCGCGCCCCCUCCCGUGCCGUUGUCACCCCCGCGGACCACCACCGUCUAGUUUCAUUAUCGAACCGCAGCCCCGACUUCGUAUAGACCACCGGCUGCGCCGCCGACAUUGCGUGUCCCGGACCCCAGAAUCGCGGCGGGUCCUGAUCGUCGAGGAUUAGUGAGGGCUAGCGAGGAAGGCACCAGAGGAGAGAACGAGGUCGACUGAGUUUCGGAUCCGGGAUCACGAUUGCUCAUAAACCGCCGCCGCCGCCGCUCUUUCAUUUCCGCGACGACAGUGAACCCGGCCCAGCAUGUUAUAGACUGGCUCAGCCCGACUCUUUACGUUCAUUUCUCCCACAAUGGCUUCCCGUAGCCACAGCGGCAGCCGCAGCCGCUCCGGCCCGCUCUCUUUUCUCGCCAGUCUCUACGCUCUCGACACACUCGAUACACGAUUCACAACGCCGUCGUCGGUGCCGUACAGGGUCGCGACCGACAAGCGGGAGGACGACGACAAGGUCGUGGACAAGCGGGUUGAGCCGCCGAAAUGGAAGUCCCUCGAGUUUUACCUAUACUACCUGGUCUUCCUGAUCGUGGUGCCGUACAUGUUUUGGGUCGCCUAUGAUGUGUCGAGGCCAUCGGACCCGAGAUACAACAGGUUUAAGAACCGACUUGUGGACGGCUGGAUUCCGGGCCGCAAGAUCGACGUGUCGGAUGCCCAGUACUACACCUUCCGGAUAAACCUGCCGUACAUGGCCCUUCUGCUGGUCUUCCACCCGCUGCUGCGCAAGGUCUGGAACGCCAUCUAUCCCGUCCCGCAGGAGCUGAAGGCCGCGAGAGCCAACGUCCCCGAGGCGGCCGAGGCGAGACUGCGCCAGCGCACGUCGUAUGACUCUGUCUUUGCCGUCUUCUUCCUCGUGGUUUUGCACGGCUUCUCGGCUGCCAAGAUCCUCACGAUUUUGGCCAUCAACUACAAGAUUGCGACGUCGGUGCCCAAGAAGUACAUCCCACCGGUGACGUGGGUGUUUGGCAUCUUCAUCUUGUUUGCCAACGAGCUGGGCGAUGGGUACAAGUUCCGCGAUAUCGCGCUCCUCGUGACGGGGACGCCGGCCGAGGUCCUGGGGACGUAUACCCCUACGCUAGUCGAGCUAGGUAUUUGGUUGGAUCGUCACGGCGGGCUCAUGCGCCGUUGGGAGAUCCUCUUUAACAUCACCGUCCUCCGCCUGGUCAGCUUCAACCUCGACUACUACUGGAGCUUAGACAGGCGGGCCUCCAGCCCUAUCGAGAAGAAACAACUUGACCCCGCCAACCUCUCGGAGCGAGAUCGCAUCGCCACCCCGGCCUCCCCGCAGGACUUUUGUUUCCGCAGCUACCUCGCCUACGCCAUCUACGCGCCGCUCUACCUCACCGGCCCCAUCAUCACCUUCAACGACUACAUUUCGCAGCAGCGCUACCAGCCAGCCACGAUCUCCUCCUCCCGCACGCUCAAGUACGCGAUCCGCUUCGGGCUCGUCCUGCUCGCGAUGGAGCUGGUGCUGCACUACGACUACGUCGGGGCCAUCUCCAAGUCGCGGCCGGACUGGUCGUCGUACACGCCGGCGCAGAUCUCGCUGCUGUCCUACUUCAACCUGCACAUCAUCUGGCUCAAGCUGCUGCUGCCCUGGCGCUUCUUCCGGCUCUGGAGCCUGGUCGACGGCAUCGACCCGCCCGAGAACAUGCUGCGCUGCGUCAGCGACAACUACUCCACCCUGUCCUUCUGGCGCGGCUGGCACCGCAGCUACUACCGCUGGCUGCUCCGCUACAUCUACAUCCCCCUCGGCGGCUCCAGCUUCCGCUCCGCCCGCGACGCCGCCCGCACCGUGCUCACCUACCUGGUCGUGUUCACCUUUGUCGCGCUCUGGCACGACAUCAAGCUCAACCUGCUCAUCUGGGGCUGGCUCAUCGUCGUCUUCUUCCUGCCCGAGAUCGCCGCGGGCGUCCUGUUCCCCCGCCGCAAGUGGGAGAGCCGCCCGACCGCCUACCGCAUGCUGUGCUGCGUUGGGGGGGUCGCCAAUGUGCUGAUGAUGAUCUCGGCGAACCUGGUGGGCUUUGCGGUCGGGUUGGAUGGGUUGGAGAAUAUUGUGAGGGGCAUUUUUAGGGAUUAUUCGGGCCUUGUGUUCCUUGUCACGGCAUGCUCGGCGCUGUUUGUGGGCAUCCAGGUCAUGUUUGAGAUUCGGCAGUCGGAACUGCGGCGGGGGAUUAACCUGAAGUGCUGAGCGGCUGGCGUUGUAGUAUAUAUAUUUUAGAUUAUUGGAUCAGGGAGCAUCCUGUCGUUUACGCAAUGUUGAUAGAAGUGUUAGGGCUGUUUGGGGCCAUGGUGGGGUCGAUAUAAUGUAUAUACCACUGAUCCGCGUCGGUUUUCGCGUCACGCAGGUCAUGGAUGACGAGCCGGUGCAUAUGAGUUACCUCCACCCCAGUACGACUCCGGUUCCG